AGCUCAUUUAGCUCUUUUACAUGAACUUCUCUUAGUUUACACUCAGAUCAAACCUCACACUCUUCCCUGCAAGUUAAAGCUUUAGCCAUGGCCUCAUCUUUCUCUGUUCCUUCAAUGAUGAUGGAUGAAGAAGGGAGAUUCGAAGCAGAAGUUGCGGAAGUACAAUCAUGGUGGAACUCAGAGAGGUUCAAGCUAACCCGAAGACCAUACACAGCAAGAGACGUUGUAGCACUGAGAGGAAAUCUCAAACAAAGCUACGCCUCAAACGAACUGGCUAAAAAACUAUGGCUAACUCUCAAAACUCACCAAGCUAACGGCACUGCUUCAAGAACCUUCGGUGCACUUGACCCAGUUCAAGUCACCAUGAUGGCUAAACACUUGGACUCCAUUUACGUUUCCGGUUGGCAAUGUUCCUCCACCCACACUACAACGAAUGAACCAGGCCCUGACCUUGCUGAUUACCCAUAUGACACCGUUCCAAACAAAGUCGAACACUUGUUUUUCGCUCAACAAUAUCAUGACAGGAAACAAAGAGAAGCAAGAAUGAGCAUGAGCCGCGAAGAAAGAGCAAGAACUCCUUAUGUUGACUACUUAAAGCCUAUAAUCGCCGAUGGAGAUACUGGGUUCGGUGGUACUACUGCAACUGUCAAGCUCUGCAAGCUUUUCGUUGAAAGAGGAGCAGCUGGUGUGCAUAUAGAAGAUCAAUCUUCUGUUACUAAGAAAUGCGGUCAUAUGGCUGGGAAAGUACUUGUUGCUGUCAGUGAACAUAUUAAUAGGCUUGUGGCGGCCAGGCUUCAGUUUGAUGUUAUGGGUGUAGAGACAGUUUUAGUUGCAAGAACUGAUGCUGUCGCGGCGAAUUUGAUUCAAACAAAUGUUGAUUCGAGAGAUCAUCAAUUUAUUUUAGGCGCCACAAAUCCGAACCUUAGGGGGAAAAGUUUGGCUGAUAUGUUAGCUAUUGGUAUGGCUAAUGGAAAAACUGGAGCUGAACUUCAAGCUAUUGAGGACAACUGGCUCGCAAUGGCGCAACUUAAGACCUUCUCUGAAUGUGUAAUGGAUGCUAUAAAGAGUAUGAAUAAUAUUGGAGAAGGCGAAAAGAGGAGAAGAAUGGAGCAAUGGAUGAAUCAGAGUAGUUUCGAUAAGUGCUUGUCUUAUGAGCAAGCAAAAGAUAUUGCUGAAGGAUUAGGAGUCAAUAAUUUGUUCUGGGAUUGGGAUUUGCCUAGAACUAGAGAAGGGUUUUACAGAUUUAAAGGGUCUGUUAUGGCUGCUGUUGUUCGCGGCUGGGCUUUCGCUCCUCACGCCGAUCUUAUAUGGAUGGAGACUUCAAGUCCAGAUUUGGAUGAAUGUACUAAAUUUGCUCAAGGAGUUAAGUCCAAGCAGCCGGAAAUUAUGCUCGCUUAUAAUCUUUCACCCUCUUUUAACUGGGAUGCUUCGGGCAUGACCGAUCAACAAAUGAGGGAUUUCAUUCCUCGGAUUGCGAGAUUAGGAUUUUGCUGGCAGUUUAUAACGUUGGCAGGUUUUCAUGCUGAUGCUCUUGUGAUUGAUACAUUUGCCAAGGAUUUUGCAAGGAGAGGAAUGUUGGCUUAUGUUGAGAAAAUACAAAGAGAGGAAAGGAAUAAUGGGGUUGAUACUCUUGCUCAUCAGAAAUGGUCUGGUGCUAAUUAUUAUGAUAGGUACCUCAAGACUGUCCAAGGAGGCAUCUCUUCCACUGCUGCCAUGGGCAAAGGAGUGACUGAGGAGCAAUUCAAGGAGAAGACAUGGACAAGGUCAGGGGCGACGGAAAUGGGCAGUGCAGGAAAUGAAGUGAUUGCCAAAUCAAGGAUGUAGGGGAGGCCAGCUUUUAUUAUUUGGAAUAUUAUAACCAGUUCUCAUAUUGAUGAACUGGGGAUUAAAUAAUUUGUGGCAAUAAAUUUAUAAGCGAUUGGGCCAUCCUGGGCUCAUGUUUACUCUAUUUUUCCGUUUUCACAAAGCCAUUUGGUUCUUGUUGGCAUUUUGGUUCUUUCAGCUCUCCAAAGCUUUUGUUAGAAAUUGAACCUAUUUACUGUUUGUUGUAACUUUCUUUUAUUCAUUGUUUUUUGUUGUAACUUAAUUGGUUUGUUUCUAA